AUGGGCAUUGCCUUGAUGUUCCUGCUGGCCCUGUACCAGAUGCAGUCGGCCAUCCAGAGCGAGAUUAUCGAGACGCCCGGCUACGGGGGCAACUCUCUGCAGGAUGCGGACUCCGAGGCCGUGAGUCCUGCGCAGGACAAUGACCUGGCAGACGCACUCUUCGGCAGCGAUCAGACCGAGAGGGCGGAGCUGGAGUUCCGCCACCCCAUCUCCGUGAUCGGCAUCGACUACGCCAAGAACGCGGUGGUCCUGCACUUCCAGAAGCACGGCCGCAAGCCGCGCUACAAGUUCGAUCCGGAGCUGGAGGCCAAGCGGAGGUCCCUGCAGGACAACUUUAUGCACUUCGGCAAGAGGCAGGCAGAGCAACUGCCUCUGGAGGGCAGCUACGGGGGAUCCGAGGAGGUGGAGAGCGUGGCGAAGCGGGCCAACAUGGAUCGGUAUGGCAGGGAUCCAAAACAGGACUUUAUGAGGUUCGGCCGGGAUCCCAAGCAGGAUUUCAUGAGGUUUGGCCGGGAUCCGAAGCAGGAUUUCAUGCGGUUUGGUCGGGAUCCCAAGCAGGAUUUCAUGAGGUUUGGCCGGGAUCCCAAGCAGGACUUCAUGCGGUUCGGCCGCUCGGACAACUUCAUGCGAUUCGGGCGCAGUCCGCACGAGGAGCUCCGCAGUCCCAAGCAGGAUUUCAUGCGUUUCGGUCGCCCGGACAACUUUAUGCGCUUCGGCCGCUCGGCUCCGCAGGACUUUGUGCGUUCCGGCAAGAUGGACUCAAACUUCAUUCGCUUUGGCAAGAGCGUUAAGCCUGCAGUGCCCGAGUCCAACCAAACCAAGUCCAAUCAAGGCAAGCCUGGCGAGCGGAGUCCCGUGGACAAGGCCAUGACGGAGCUGUUCAAGAAACAGGAGCUGCAGGAUCAGCAGGCGAAGAGCGCCGAGCAGGCGAUUUCCACGGACGAGGGCAGCUUAGAACAGGAGCACUUCUUCGGCCAGUAAACGGGUCCUGCGGGACGCCUCCUUGUAAAUAGAUACUGACAAAUGUACCCACGAAUCGUAAUUGAUAUACGUAUACUUCGAACUCUACACUAAACCCUGAUAAAUACCUAAACUAUGAAUUUUUAAUAAAUGGGCUGGAUUAAAAAUUCACCACGCUUAAAGAUCUUAUCUAUAAAACAUACCUAGUGUAAUAUUGAAUGCAUUGAAACGGUGGGAAAAAGUCUUUUGCCAAAAUUUCAAAUAAAGAUUGCUUAACUGUA